ACGAAACUGCCCGAAACGAGUUUGGCCUUGUUUGCGAUCGUGGCGGCAGCGUGUUCCUACCCGAUUUGAAGAGAUCCUCGCCUGCUAUAAAAUACGUAUACCGAACUUCUUCGUCUAUCCAUCCAUCUGUCCAUCGCCCCGUCGUCUACAAGCCUCCAAUCGCCGCCCAACAUGUCUGUCAACGAGCGCACCUACAUCAUGGUUAAGCCCGACGGCGUCCAGCGGGGUCUCGUUGGCAACAUCAUCAGCCGCUUCGAGCAACGCGGCUUCAAGCUGAUCGCCCUCAAGCUCGUCCACGCUACCCCAGAGCACCUCGAGAAGCACUACGCUGAUCUCAAGGGCAAGCCGUUCUUCCCUGGCUUGAUCAAGUACAUGGCUUCCGGUCCUGUCGUUGCCAUGGUCUGGCAGGGUCUUGAUGCUGUAAAGACUGGCCGCGUUAUGCUCGGCGCGACGAACCCUCUCGCGUCUGCGCCUGGAACCAUCCGUGGCGACUUUGCUCUCGCUGUUGGCCGCAACAUCUGCCACGGUUCCGACGCGGUCGAGAGCGCAGAGAAGGAGAUCGCCUUGUGGUUCCCCGAGGGCGUUGUCCAGUACACCAACGACAACGAGAAGUGGAUCUUCGAGUAAAUGUACCAGCACAAUGGAUAGUGGCAGAAGACAAAAAUAGAUAUGCCUGUAUUAUCUACGCACAAGGGAGAUUCUCUUUCGGU